AUGACCAGUCUUGUCUGUGACGGCACCGAAGCUGGCAACCAAGAUUGGGUGAUUAGCGGCUUCUACGGUCCAGGCGGAUGGGCAGCUUGGUGCAUCAGCCUCAUCGCAUCUUGGGCACCGAUCCUACUCGAAGAUGACGCACACAAUCUCCACCUCAUCGCAUACGCGUUAUACAUGAACUGGGCAGCGAUAGACUCUUUCCGAUAUCUAUCCUUCGGAGGAAAGCUCGUCGAACUAGCAUCGAGAAAGGAAGCGUUAGAACGAGAGCGGUUCGUCAGUGUCAGACAAGAUGCCGAUACAUUGGUCUUCCUACAGCACUGGCCGUCAGAUUGGGAUAAGCCUAGACUAUGGGACGUGGACACAAUCCUGACGAAUACCACGCUUCAAGUGCAAGAUGCCGAAAUCCACAUCGGAGAUACGACAGAAGCCUCCCCGGGACUAUGGGACUUUUACUCGAUGCCUACAACAGAAGAUCUUACGAGUGAACUUGCAAGAGUCGAAACUCAACUUGCCAAAGCCAUAGAAACCUUUGGACAACAACAGUCCUUACUCAGCAACCAGAUGCAUCAACUACAGGCAGCGCUGGCAGUGUUGAACCUUGGCAUGCCGCAUGCAUGGAUGCAGAUGUUGUGCAAUCAAGCCAAAGACGCAUUUGGAUUAUAA